GCAGCUAGCCGGCGAUUAUCGUCCAGAUCGCUGCGACCCUUACUUGCGCCGGACAGUGGCAGCUGCACCAGUCCCGUAACCGCCUUUAUGAAGGCUAUGCUAUGCGAGAAUUGUGCUACAAAGUGACUGACUGAUUGAUCCCUUGGUUGAUUUACGAACUUUCACCCAGGAAGAAGCAAGCAAGCAAGCAACAUUCACGAUGCCGUUGACCUUCUGCCCUAACUGCAGCAAUGCGCUCACGAUCUCUCGUGCGGAACCGACCACAAGACAUCCCCUAGGUGUCAACCGAUUCGAAUGCCGCACCUGCCCAUACCAAUAUGCUCUGGACCAGAGCUGGUUUGAGAAGACACCCAUGAAGCAGAAGGAAGUGGAAGAUGUCUUUGGAGGCAAGGAAGAAUUCGCAAAUGCAGAUAGCGUGGCCACUCAAUGCCCCGCAGAAGACUGUAAUGGCGACCGCGCAUACUUUUUCCAGCUGCAGAUUCGGAGUGCAGACGAACCGAUGACCACAUUCCUAAAGUGUACCACGUGUGGUGCCCGAUGGAGAGAGAACUGAGGCU